AAAUUGAGAGUUUAUCAAAAAGCUGCUGAGCGUGAAAGCGCCUGGUCACAGUGCAAGUCGGGGGGACACCGUGCCCGGGAUGGGCCGCGCAAUCGGGGACAGCGAUGUAGCGAAGCAGUCGAACUCACACAAAAGCUGCUGGGCCAUCCACCGUUCCUACAGACAUUAUACCAAGCGAUUACCAAGGCUUUUAGCUGCACCCAACUCGACUAGCCUCUGUGUUAAAAGACCAGAUCACAAUGGCCGGUUCUCAGUCUCAGGCCUCUACUCUGGUGGCCCGCGGUGGCCGCAGCUCCUCCAAUGCUCCUACUGGAGCGGCGGGUGCUCUGCGCCGGCGGCCAGUUCGCGGCAGCGGUGGCAGCGGCACGACCAAGGCCCAGCAAGCAGCCAUGAACUUCUACACGGACGACACUCCCGGCUGGAAGAUGUCGCCGGUGGUGGUGAUCACUAUGAGCCUGAGCUUCAUCGCCUUCGUGACCAUCCUGCACGUCGUUGGCAAGUUCCAGAAGGCCGCGUAAGAACCUUGCAGCGGGACGGCGAUGCAAACAUAUGAGAACUGCAGCAUUGAAUUCAACGGAUAGCACUGGACCUUGACCUAAGCAGCGGAUUGCUGCUGCACUAGACACAGACAGGACUGUUGACGUCGCACACGCUUCAAAGCGUGCGCACGAUGUGAGUUCGUGGUGACGGUGGAUGUCGGGUAAAGCAGAUAGGCUUGCAUGUGUGAUGAUUAACUAGGCGUGGCGCAUUUCGCUACCAGGUGGCAGGGGCGGGCGGUCGACGCAUAGUUGGCACGCGAUAGGAGGCUGUAGCUCGGACGGUGUGGUGGGUGUGGCCAUGAAAGCAGGGCGCGCUUGGCCUUUUGGUGUAACAUGAGGCUACCGACACGAUCAGCCCCACAAAGCGUGUGGACGCAUGGGCGAACAAGCACGGAAUGGUGGAGAGAAGUAUCAGCCGGUCAUUACAUUGCCGUAAAGCACCUGUGUGCCGCGUGAGAUGGUAGAGGAGAAGCACCGGCCGAGGAACUACACCAACUCCCUGUGCGCCCUGUGCGCAAUGAGAUUAAAAGCUAAAAACCUUCACUCGUAAGACUAC